UGCUGCAGUAUUUGUGCAGAUGUUGGCAGGGGCAGCUCUGCAGGUGUAACUUCUCCUCCCAGAGCAGAUCCGAGACAACGUCUGCUACGGGAUCCGCGUGUCCGCGCUCUACCAGGGCAGGGCUGGCCAGGCAGCCUCCGUCAGGGCCAACUCCACAGCACAAGCCCCAUCAGCCGGGCCCCAGAUGUUCGCAACGCCCUGGGCCAGCGGUGUCCUGGUGUCCUGGGAGGAGAUCCCAGCUCCCCAGCAGAGGGGCUGCAUCACUGCCUAUCACAUCUACCUGCACAGGAGCUCCAGGCAGGGCCAGCCCGAGGUCCAUGCCGUUCCCUUUGGGAAGGUUCCUCGUUCCCUGCACAUCGCGGCGCUGCAGCCCGGGGAGCACCACGAGCUCUGGAUGACAGCGGCGACAGCGGCCGGGGAGGGCCCCCGGGGCAACAGCGACAGCGUCUGCCUGGAGGGUGCUGGGGACUGGCUGACUCUGGUGCUCAUCUGCAGCUUCCUCAUCCUCUCAGCCUGCGUUUGUUCUGUGCCUCCAGCCAGGAAAGUGUUCCAGUGGCUCCUGUCGCUCCUCCUGCCACAGUGGCACAGCAAAGCCAUUCCCGACCCUGCCAACGCCACGUGGGCCAGGAGCUUAACGGCUACCAAGGCAGAGCUGAGCGCUCCCUCCAGCCCCUUCCUGCCCAGCGGCUUCCAAGAGCCCGAAACGACCCCGGUGGAGGAGAGCUGGGCUGAGCCCCCCGAGCCUGGGGACAAGCUGCUGCUGGGCAGCGCUGGCAGCAGGGGACACUGGCCACAGCUCUACCAGAGGCUGCUGCUGGAGCCCGAGUACAUCUCCAGCCCCGGCCCCUCCGCACGGAGCCCCGAGCCCGAGCCCGAGCCCAUUCCCCUCUUCCCAUUCCUGCCCCCCGGGCCCUGCUGCCAAGGGAACCUGAGCCUGGAUGGAGUGAAACUCAGCGGCAGCUCCUUCCCGAGGUAGGCAGGUGGCGAUGUGAGCCCGCCAGGAAUUUGGGCACGAUGGGUGACUCUGGUGCUCGUCUGCAGCUUCCUCAUCCUCUCAGCCAGGAAAGUGUGAGUGGAUCCAUCGGCUGAGUCCCGAUAAAACCGGGCUGUUUGUUGGGAGGGAUUAAACCCCAGAAUGGUUUGGGUUGAAAGAGAUCUUAAAUCCCACCCAGAGCCACUCCUGCCAUGGCAGGGACACCUCCCACUGCCCCAGGCUGCUCCCAGUGAGCCCAGCCUGGAUUUUGGCACUUUGCAGAGUAUUUUGGUGUUUCAAUGUGAUCUCAGCCUGGAUUUUGGCACUUUGCAGAGUAUUUUGGUGUUUCAGCAUGAGCUCAGCCUCGAUUUUGGUACUUUACAGAAUAUUCCAGUGUGUUUUGAUAUGAGCCCAGCCAGGAUUUUGGUACUUUGCAGAAUAUUUCAGUUUUGAUAUGAGCCAGGAUUUUGGCACUUUACAAAAUAUUUCAGCGUUUCAGCACAGCCAGUCCAGUCUCAUGUGACACCUCCAAGUGACAAAACCCUUCCCCAGUCACACCUCACCACAGCUGCUCCUCUGCAGCCUGGAGUCAGAGCUACAGCUGGGGAUGCCAGAGAUGGAUUUGGGGAGCCCUUGCUGCAGCCUGGGCUGCCUCAAGCCCUGUCCCACCAGUGCUUCAGCCUGGCUGGAUCAGAGCUGGAAAUCAUCAUUUCCUCCUGAAAGAGCAAGGAACAGCAAAAGGGAGGGAUGGAAAGGCAAAAGGGAGGGAUGGAAAGGCAAAAGGGAGGGAUGGAAAGGCAAAAGGGAGGGAUGGAAAGGCAAAAGGGAGGGAUGGAACUGCAAAAGGGAGGGAUGGAACUGCAAAAGGGAGGGAUGGAAAGGCAAAAGGGAGGGAUGGAAAGGCAAAAGGGAGGGAUGGAACUGCUCAGCACCUCUUGUUCCUCCCCUGGCACCAAGUCACAGAGCCCCCAGUGACACCAGACCCACGAGGGACACGGCACCUUCCUUGCCUCAGUUCAGGGCAGGAAAAUUCCUGACCAGAACUAAAAGCAGCAGGCAGCAUCUGUACUCAGCCAAAUGGAUUGUCAAGAGGAAUUUAAGUGAUUUAUUGGAGUGCUCUAAUUACAGGCUGGAAGGGUGUUACACAUUUAAUGACUUUGUUUACCAGAUGUGUGUAUAUAAAUAAAAUGUUGGAAAUCUGAACUUGGCUUCCUGUUGUUUUCUCUGGUCAAGCUCCAGCUUUACACAGAACAAUUAAAAAUUAAAAAUAAAGCUGAAAUGUUGCAGUUAGAGAUGGAAUAGUCCAGGUAUGAACUUACCUGGAGCAUCCUCUGCCUCCCCAGGAUGCUGAUGCCACCACUCAAGUGCAGAUUUGGGUAUUGCCAAACACCAGCUCAGCCUUUUCACUUUGGGCUCCUGAGGUCUGGUCCCACCUGUGUCACCUGGCUGCGUGUCACCAAAGGAAAACAUCUCCUCAGAACUGGGUCACACAUCCAAAAAACCAGAACCUGCUGCCUGCUCUCCACACCCUGCCUGGGAACCACCCUGGCCAGAGGAUUCUGCCUGAGCCCCACAGCUCAGCUCUGCAAAUCAAACUGAACUAGAAAGGCAGAUUAGAUGCCAAAAAAGGGGUUUAUUUAUAAAGCAUUAUUUUACCACUCAUCUUUUUCUGCAUGUUGAUUUUUGAUCUCCACAUAAGGAUAAGGGAACAUUGGAAUUCAUUUUCUCCUUGCUCUGCAAAUCUCCAGAUCAAUCAAAAUGUGGGGUUUCAUCUCCAGUCUUUCCAAGAGACAAGGAGCAGACCUUUUUAACUCCAGCCUGGAAGUCUCCCAGUAGUGGCCCUGAGCAUCCCAGGAAGUGUUUCCCCCUCAGGACACCCUUUCCAGCAGGAAUGUCAGCUCUGGCUUUCCUAGAACACCCCAAGCUGAGGCAGAGCAGCCAGCAGUGCCCAGGGCAGGGAGUCUGGUCCUUGGAAUGACUCUGGGAAAGCAGCAGGGUGGCACAGCUGGAAGAGGCAGAGCUCUCACAAACCCAUCCCAGUGGGCAGAGCUGGCUCAGGUGAGCCUGGGCUCAGCUCCUCCAACUGAUUCCUGACAUUCCAGGAGAAUCCACGUCCUUUCCCACACAGUUAAUUCCUGAAUGGAUCAGUCCCCCCCUGCUCCCUCCCAGAUCAACUUCCCUGCUCAAACCUUGCCCUUGGUCAUUCCAAAGCCAAUUUGCUCCGUCUUCCAACUUUUCCUGCUCUUUUCCAAAGGAUCACAAUUUAAAAGUUGUACUCCCCUAGAUUUGGUGUGACAGCAGGAGCAAGAGGACAGAAGUGUUAAUAAAAGCAAGCUCAUUAAUCAUAAAUAACCUACUUGGGAGAUGCUUUUCCAAGGCAAAAUCCAUCCUGGGAAUGGGAAUGCAAGCUGGACUUCCUGGGACAGACCUUAGAUGAGCCGCUAGGAACCCAAGUGGUUUCACUUCCAUGUUUUCAGGACAUUAUUUUUUUUUAAAAGCAUGAAAAUAAACCUUUAUUUCAGUUAACACCCACCAAUAUUAAAGAGAAAUGUUCACAGUUUUAGCUCUUGACACAAAUGGACUGGAAGAGGUAAAUUUACAUCUGGCAGAACAGCAGAAGGACCAAUUCUAAGUUACAAGCUGUGUUGAAAAUCACUCUCUGGGCCAUUUGGGAAUGGUCUAGAGCAGGGAAAGGGAAAAUCCAGCUGGCAAAAUCACCUGGAACAGCCAAUAGAGUUUGGAUCAGGGAAGGUUUGUGCUCCAGGGAAAGCUUUGCUCCACGUUUCUGUUUGCUGUGCUAUCCAGGGUGUCCCUUGGGCUGGAAGUGCAGCACAUCCCACCAAACAGGAGAGGGAAAGGAACAACUCUGUUCCUACACCAGCCCCACACUGAGAGCAGCCAGGAGAGGUGAAGCAGGAGAUUUUCCUACCCUCUGAUGGAAAAUUGGCCUCCUCCUCCCGCCUGGGGCUGGAAAUCCAGGCCAAGGAACUGAUCUGUGAUACUCACAGUGGGUCACGACACGAGCUCUCGUGGAAAACAGCUCAGGAAAAGCAAAGGCAGCUGCUGACACCACAGCUGAGCAGGCUGGGAUUCCAUAUUCCAAGCUCUCCAACACUUUCUGACUGUCCUGCACAGUUUUUAUAAAAAUAGGGCGUUACCUUUCUUUUUCUACCUACCUAAGAAACUACAAAUACCUUCUAAUCUGCCCAAAGAGGAAAACAUGAAAUAAAAUGAGAGAUUUGUUCCUAUUCUCCUAACAAAUGCUGGAUAAAACCCCUAAGAAAUCCUCUUUCUUAGUCAUUCACUCAACUCCUUUUGUGUAUUGAAGGGAUGGAUACAUGGGGAUGAAACUGAACUUGUGGUGGAUUUCCAUGUGAGAGAAGGAAUUUCUUAAAAUCAUUCUCUGGAAAAACAAUCCUUGGUGCUGUCCCCAGCAGAUCCUGAGCCCGAGCUGCAUCUGGAUGGAGAGGUGAAGUGUUGAGGUUUUGGGCUGAAUUUUUGGUGGCUCAGGCACAGAUGGUCAUUGUCCCAGUCUGAAGCCAUGAGCCACAACUUCCUCCUGAGCCAGCCCUGCUCCUUCCUGGGAAUGCAGCCUGGGAAUGCAGCCUGGGAAUGCCUCAGGUACUGCUGUGCCUGUGUGACAAUCCUACAUCCCAGCUGGAAUCCGUGUGGGCUUCCAGAGCCACAGCCGCCACCUUCCUCCCACUCCCAGCUCCAACAAUUACCCCAAACUCAUGGUUUUGGUACCCCCCAACCCCAGCUCCAACAGCAGGAAUUAUCCCCAGCUUGGGGUAUCCCAGUUCUAAGGACAGGAAUUGCCCCAAACUCAGGGUUAUCCUCUCAAACAAAAAGCAAAGGUAAUUUAAAAACUUUUUUUUUUUUUUUUUUGCCAACAAAGCAUCUUGUUCUGUUGAAGGGAAGGAGGAAGGAAUAAAAGGGGGAGUGAAAGGUGGGGUACAGGAAUUUUAAAAAACCUGGUUUUCAGACCAGUUACCCAUUGCUGGAUCCAUACACAGGUAUUGAAUCAUAAACCAACAUGCUUUGAAUCUUGAUUUCAAGUAUCUGCUUUCAAUUUUCUAGAAAGAUUUUGUGUAAACAAAACUACCCAACAGAGAUGAAAAAAAAAAGACUGGUUUUCCAUGUUGGAAAUGAAGCAUUAAAACUUGUUUUAAAGUACUCCAGGAGUUCAUUCCAUACAGCACUAACAGCCUGCCAAAUUAAUAUUCCACAGAUUCCAUGGGCUGAGAAAAACCUGCCAAAGAGGAAUUAAGGAAACUGAAGUAGUGUGCAAUAAUUAAAACCUAAUUUGGAUUUUUGGGGGGGAGGAAGGGGGAGGGGGGAAAAGUCUAAAAUCCUGAAUUUAAAAAAAAUGAACACAAAUGAAGGGAAAGCUUUUAACUGGUACACACUGUUCACACCUAUAUUUCAAGUUUGGAAACGCAUAUUUUCAAGCAGCAAUACAAAAAAGUAUCCAUGAAGAAUGCAUAAUCUCUGAAAAAAUUAUGAAAACAUCCCUGCUACCAUUACAUUUCUAAAUACAAAAC